CAGAGGGGGCGGGGCCUCCGCGGUGGCGCCAAAUCGCGAACAUGGCGCCGGAUCGAGUGCGGAGCCGCGCUGUCUCAGCUUUCAAGCUGCGCGGGUUGCUGCUCAGAGGUGAAGCCACUAAGUAUCUCACAGAAGCUCUUCAGUCUGUUAAUGAAUUAGAAUUUGAAGAUACCCUAGACAGGAUCAUCGAUGCUGUUGAAAAGCAGCCCUUGUCAUCGAACAUGAUUGAACGAUCUGUAGUGGAAACGGCAGUCCAGGAGUGCAGUCAGUCAGUUGAUGAAACUAUAGAGCAUAUUUUCAGUAUCAUUGGAGCUUUUGACAUUCCACGUUUUGUGUACAAUUCAGAAAGAAAAAAAUUUCUUCCUCUAUUAAUGACUGACCACCCUGCACCGAAAUUAUUUGGAAUAGCUAGAGAUAAAGCAGAGCUGUAUCGUGAACGAUACACCAUUUUGCACCAGAGGACCCACAGGCAUGAAUUGUUUACUCCUCCAGUGAUAGGUGCUCACCCUGAUGAGAGUGGAAGCAAAUUCCAGCUUAAAACAAUAGAAACCUUAUUGGGCAGUACAACUAAAGUUGGAGAUGUGAUUGUUCUUGGAAUGAUAACUCAGUUGAAAGAGGGGAAAUUUUUUCUGGAAGAUCCUACUGGAACAGUACAGCUGGAUCUUAGUAAAGCUCAGUUCCACAGUGGAUUAUACACAGAGGCCUGCUUUGUCUUAGCAGAAGGUUGGUUUGAAGAUCAAGUGUUUCAUGUCAAUGCCUUUGGAUUUCCCCCCACUGAGCCCUCCAGUACCACAAGGGCAUACUAUGGAAAUAUUAAUUUUUUUGGAGGGCCUUCUCAUAUAUCAGUGAAGACUUCUGCAAAAUUGAAACAAAUGGAAGAUGAGAACAAGGAUGCCAUGUUUGUGUUUGUAUCUGAUGUUUGGCUGGACCAAGUACAAGUAUUGGAAAAACUUCACAUAAUGUUUUCAGGUUAUUCACCAGCACCUCCAACCUGCUUUAUUCUGUGUGGUAAUUUUUCAUCUGCACCAUAUGGGAAAAACCAAGUUCAAGCUUUGAAAGGUACUGAGGGUCUUUUUAAUAAGAGUAUUCCCUAAAAACCAAGCAUUCACCAAAGUAGCCGUUUUGUGUUUGUGCCUGGUCCAGAGGAUCCUGGAUUUGGUUCCAUCUUGCCAAGGCCACCACUUGCUGAAAGUAUCACUAACGAAUUCAGACAAAGGGUACCAUUUUCAGUUUUUACAACAAAUCCUUGCAGAAUUCAGUAUUGUACACAAGAAAUUAUUAUCUUCCGUGAAGACUUAGUAAAUAAAAUGUGUAGAAACUGUGUCCGUUUUCCUAGUAGCAAUUUGGAUAUUCCUAAUCAUUUUGUAAAGACUAUCUUAUCUCAGGGACAUCUGACUCCUCUACCUCUUUAUGUCUGUCCAGUCUACUGGGCAUACGACUAUGCUUUGAGAGUGUAUCCUGUGCCUGAUCUGCUGGUCAUUGCAGACAAGUAUGAUCCUUUCACCAUAACCAACACUGAAUGUCUCUGCAUCAACCCUGGCUCUUUUCCAAGGAGUGGAUUUUCAUUCAAGGUUUUUUACCCUUCCAGUAAGACAGUAGAAGACAGCAAACUUGAAGGCUUCUGACAUGUGACUAAAUGAAAUGAAUUUUCUGCUUAAUUUUAUCUUGUGUAAUUUUGACAUUAAAUUAUAAUAAACCUACAGCAAACAGUGUUUCUAAGUUGGUUAUUUUAUAGGAAAAGUAUUUUCUUCAGUCUCAAAAACAUGCAGAUAUGUAUAAACAUACUCAAAUUAGAUAUUUGCACUUAAAUAAUCUAUUACUAUUCUGAUACAUAGCAUCCCAAUUUCUUCUCUAUAUAUACAUUUCAUUCUUGCAGAAAUAUUUUGGGAUCACACCUUAUGUGUUAAAUUUCCUUUUGCAUUCAUUAUAUAAGUACCUGAUAUAGUCUAGCUACUGGAGAAUCCACUUCUAUAUUAGAAAGGCAACGUUCUAGAUUUCAUAAACAUCUUCAGAUGAGGAGUGUGGCUACACUUUGAAACAAAUACUAAAUAUGAACCAUAGUGAAAUAUUUGGAAAAGCAGGUAAUUUUAGGUAGGAUGUUUGGAAGGUGAGAAAGCAGGUAAAAGGGAGUUACUAAGGUGACAUUUAAAUUCUUGAGAUUUGAGGGACAACCACCAAGAGUCAAGAGUGUUCUGCCAUUAGGCUGAUUCAGGGGGAGAUAGGUGGUGAGUAUAAGAAGCUAAACAUUAAAUUGGCUGGGACUGACCAGCUCACAAUACCCAAAUAACUACCUCAAUCAA